AUGGAAUUGGCAAAAUUCAUCACCACACAGUAUGAUGCAUUGACUGGUGUCCCUUCAUUACAGAAAUCAGCUGCUUUUGAGAAGGGUAGUAUUCUCUUUAACAUCGCUUCACUUUUCACUCAGAUGGGCGCUAAACAGGAUAGGACGAUGGAAGAAGGAGUCAGCAAGGCCAUCGAAUGCUUUGAGAGUGCUGCUGGUGCGUUCAAGUAUCUAGGAGAGAACUUCAGCCAUGCUCCUAGUAUGGACAUGAGUGGACCAGUCUUGGCUAUGCUAGGUGGACUCAUGCUGGCCCAAGUGCAAGAAUGUAUCUUUGAGAAGCUGGUAUUAGAUGGAGUAGAGGAGACCAUAGAGAGCUGUGUAAGGGUUGCCAAAGAAGCCUCAGUUGUAUCUGAUAUGUAUAACAAGGUGCACAAGAUGAUGAUGCAGCAGACUGUCAAAGACUACAUCCCUUACUCGUGGAUCUCAAUGGUUCUUGUUAAAUCACAACAUUUUAAAGCAAGGGCUCACCACUAUGCUGCUAUCGCCAUCGUCGGUCCUAGUAUGAAUCAAGAGAAAGAUUAUGACUUGGAGACAUUGCUUAGAUACUUCCCUUCCAUGUACAACUCAGAGAAAUCAGAGCUUGAGCCUCCCCAGAAUUGGGAAGAAAGAAUGAGAUUAGGCAAGGCACACAUAAGGCAGGCUCUGAUGCUUCAUGAGGAGGCCCUCAGGGUUCAUGACCUCUCCAAACAGCUACGUAAGAUUGACACGUUGAAGGAGGUCCUUAAGAAGUUCCACAGUAAAUCCAUGCAUCGGUAUCAGUCUCUCGAUGAUGAGGAGGACUUCUUUGAACUCCCUGAUGCGCCUGUCAUCCUCAGUAAAACCCUUCAGAUUGCCAAGCCCCAUGUGCCAGACUUCACCAAAGUCCAAGUCAAAGAUAUUUUCCAUAAUCUGGGUCCCCUUGCCAUCUUCAAUAGUCGUAAUCAGUGGACAGCACCAAGGAUAGUAGAGAUAGUGAGAGGAAUGGGAGGCUAUGGUUUCACUGUCAGAGGUGACUCACCGGUCAUUGUGGCUCAGGUUGAUCAAGGAUUCGCUGCUGCAGCGAGUGGGGUGAAGGAAGGUGAUUUCAUCAUUGGCGUCAAUGAUAAUGAUGUAAAGUGGUCCAAACAUGAAGAAGUGGUGAAGAGCAUCUUAGCAUCUCCUCAUCGUAUCAAACUUGAACUCGUUUCUCCUCUUGACAAAGACUUUCUUCAUCCUCAAGACAUCCGCCGCAAGGAAACCAAGAGUCCUAAGGGGUCAUCGGAGCUAUCGCCCUCCUCGUCGGAUCAGUCACAGUCGCCCGUCAACGGGUCAAUGACAUCGGAUUCGUCAUUAGAGAGGCAACAGCCUCCAAGGAAAACACAUAAAGACUCACAGGGGUUGAAAGGAAGCAACGCAUCUAAGAACAGUAAAGCAAAGGAAUCCAUAACAUCAACAGACGGAGGGAAGGGCAGUACGGGUAAGAAGAAGUCCAAGAAACCGGAAAAGAUGAGUACGGAAGAGAGAAAAAGAAAAGCAGUGGGGAACUCGCCAGCCGGGUUGUAUUGAAGCAACCAAUCUCACUGAAGUUCAAACCAUUAGAAAUAGAUGACUUGAUGUAUGUAUAUAUCAUGCGUGUCAGCCUACUAUGAUUGGAAAGGAGGAAAAUAGACUCCGGGAGAAUCUGAAGGGCGUUGUAUGGAUUCCAGGAGGAGCAUAUGAGAAUGCUUCUCAUAAACAGUGACUGCUCGGGAGUGAUGGUGUGUCCUGUCUCUAUCCAUGCAUUUCGGUUAAUGUUGCAGUUAUGAUGAAAGUGAUUACACAAAACCAUGUCAUAUAUCAAGACAGAUAAAUGAAUACUAGGAACUGGUGCAUGAAUCUGUUUGGCAUUAACAAUGGUUUCAUCACUACUGCUGUAUUUUACAUGGCUUGUGCUAGGAGUGUUUUCUGCAUUAGUUGUUUGAUUCGAAGUGAAAGGGAGGACAGGGACAAAUUAAAUAUAUCAAACGAAGCCUUACAAAAUACCAAUAGUAGCUGGGAUAAAGAAGUCAUUUAACUGGAUAGAUCUUGCUUCAGUAGAUUUCACAUAUCAUAAUCAGGGUUCCCACAGUCAUGGAAAAUCCUGGAAAAAUUUGUAGUCAGGGAAAAGUCAGGAAAUUUGGAAAAUUUGUGAAAAGUCAUGGAAUUGUGUUCAAGAUUAUUUUGGGUGUUGCUGAAAUAAAAAUGGUAACCUGGUCAGAAACAGCCCAUAUAUAUACUAAUGAUAAUAGAUGUACAUGUCAUGAGUAAGAUAGUGGGUGGAACGGAUGGCUGUGAGGGGAGGUGGAGGCCAUCAUAAACAUGUCUGAUAUUGGAAACCGUGCCAGAAAGGAAGUCAUGGAAAGCAGCAAUUUAGACAAGGAAAAGCCAUGGAAUUCUGUUUUCAAAUGUCUGUGGGAGCCCUGAUAAUGGAUUUAGUAGCACUAAGAGGGUAAAAUGGGAGAAAUUUUGAAGCCAUUUUGAUGUAGAAAACAAAUGUUGUUGUUUGAGUCUUUUCUACCUGGUUUCUUGCCUCAGCUGUUCUCUGCCCUAUCUGAUUUCUGUUGUCAGUUUAUUCAUUAUAGGAAGGUUUACUGCCCUGGAUGCAUUUAUAUACAAUCCUUGGUACUUGCUGUGUGUUGUUCUCUUUCAUCCAUUAUAGUCGCAUGAUGUGGCUGUUGUGGUUGCAAGUUAUAAGGUCCCAAUUUGAAAUAUAAACUACUGACACCUAUCUAUGCCUUUGGGUAUUAAAGGGGGAGUCCACCUGAGUAUAGUUUAUUGUUAUUUCAUACAUGGUAAAAUGAUUUUAUAGGAUGUAUGGACAACCUGAUGCCAUUCAACAGUAUGAAAGGAAUGCUACACAGAAAGUGGAAAUUGUGCACUGUCAAGUAUGAUAUUAUACAAAUAAUGAAUGUUUAUGAGUGCAAUGGACAGAAUACUUCAUGAGGUGAAAGAUGAAAUGAUCCAUUCAAGGAGGCGUAGCCAAGUUGAAUGGAUCAUACAUUUCAUCUUUCACCGAAUGAAGUAUUCUGUCCAUUGCACGAAUGAAAAAAAACAUUCAUUAUUAAAUUGCUGCCAUUUUUGUAUUCAGAUAAGCUUAAUUUACUUAAACUUGAACGAUUAUUCAAAUAUUUCAUGAAAUAAACUGCGAAGCACUACUUACUUGUAAUUAGAUUCAUUUCCAUCUGUUUUAAGCCCAACUGCCAUCCGUUAUUUUCAUAUCAAAGAAUGUAUCACUGGGAAAAUGGUCAUUUAAAUGUUUAUUUUAAUGUAAAGGCCAAUUGUAUUGUUUUAACCCUAAUAGAACUUUGCUAUUUGGACUAAUAAUAACAAGAAGUAAUGGGGGCAUGGCGUGAGACUUGAAGAAAAAAGUCAUUGAAUUUCAAUGCAUUUUAGAAAAAAAAAUGUAUGCAAAAUUUCCCUCAAAUGUUUAACAAAUCUUUGAUAAUUUCUAAUAAAUUAUUUUCAUUUUGCCUUGGAUAAGAUUUUAAUUAAAUAUUUGCUAAAAUUGUGAUAUUCUUUUUGAUACGGAUAUUUGUCCGUUUCAUUGUCCGGUAUUUUUCCUGGAGUGGAAUCUGGAUAUUCUAAGGGGUAUACCAGUUUAAGUAAUGCCAAGCUUUUAACUUUCUGUAAUCUUUUCAUCAUCACAAGUUGGAAUGACUUAUUUCGUCUUCAUCUGAGAAUUGAUUCUCAGUUGUCUACUGGCAAACCGCAUUUCUUUGCUUACUGAAAUUAUGUAUCAGAAAUGGUAUUGUUGUGAUGUUUUAUGUUUUUUUUUGUGGAUUAGGCAUUGUUUUUAAUAAUGUAUGAAAAGGAAUUUUAUUUUAUCAUUCAAUAUUAUGUUAAAAUUCAAUAUUAUUUUCUAUUUUGGUAGUUGCAUUGAUGUCAUGCUGGUUCAUGCUAUUUUCAGUCUGUUUAAUGCAUUAAUUUGCAAGCUAAAUUGUGUAUUUUUGCUUCUCGAUUGAUUCCACCACCCGUUUUCCUAUAUCUGUCUCCCUUAACCCCACCCGCUCAUUCUCUUAGCUUCUAUCUCAUUCAUUCUCAUGCAAAUAUAUUUUAUUGCUGCUGGUAUUUUCUGUCAUACAACUCUCUUGGAUAUUAUAUAUAAAACAUAGCAUUCAUUUGCAUCUAUCUGUAUCUAGAAUAACUAAAAGGAACUGGAUUUCCUUUGUAAAUAUAAAAACACAUCUAAAUUUUGUUCUAAAUGUUUAGACACCAAUAUAACUUUUUGUGUUUAUUUAAAGAGAUUACAGAAGAUAUAAGUGGUGUUAAAAAUAGACAUUAUGACUUAUCAGACCAUUAGACUUAACUACUUACAUACUGAAAAUGGUGCUGAUUUUUUAUUGUAUUUUCAAACAGACAAUGUUUAAUUAAUGACUGUAUAGGCUAGUCUGCUAGUGUUGUAAAUAAGAGAAAUAUCAGAUAUAUGUAACCACAGUCAUACUUUGUAAAUCAAUAUUUAGGUUAAAACUGGACUUACGAAUGUAUUACAUCAAGUAGACUGGAUUAAAGAGUAGGCCUUGUCUUCAUUAAACUUCAAAUAAUCUAGGAUAUCCCAAUAACUAGUUACUAAUAUAUUAGUAAUAGAGUCUAAGCAUCUUUUUACACAAAUGUAUGCUACAGUUGCAUAUCUUGGAGACUUUAAUAGUUAUAAUUACCAUAUUUUGACACCGUAAACUGCGCCAGAGACAGAAAAGCAGUUCAUUAUAAUUUUGGCGAUGAGAUGUACGGUGCAAAUCUGAUGAGCAGAGCAUAUUGCCACCAGGGAGACAAAUCUUGUAUCCGAGAUAGGUUAAAUAAGAAUGCAAGUGAAAAAAAGCAAGAGUGCUGUAAACAUAUAUAUACAAUGGGAUUCAGUCUUCCUUUGACUUGACACAGUGGCUGAUUAUCUGAGAGCUGUGAUCAGAGUGACACCACUGGAUAAAUCAACUAGUCAUUAAAGUAGAAAAGAGGUAUUCCUCAUAAUUGAAUUUUUGUCGGUCCAUCAAGUAAUAAGGACAUUUAUUUUGAUAUUCCUGGGUUAUGUGCUACUAAAAGCUUUGCAAACUUUAGAGUGUGUAUGGAAUGAUUAGUAUUCUAAAUUUGUCACUUUUACUUAGUAAAAUAACCAUGGAAAUAUAAUUGUGGGGACUGACAGGAAUGUUUAUUCUGUAUGGAAUUAUGUUUUCCAGACAAGUGAGCAGUGAAGAAAAAUCACCCCAUUUAUUAACAAAUUUAUUGGUGUUUAUAUAUCAACAAAUGUAUUGGUGAUAACUAAUCAACAAAUGUCUUGAUGUUUGUAAAUCAGAAAGUACAGGUGUUUAUACAGAAAGUCAUUAGAAGUCUCAAAAAAUUUGCCAAAUUGAUUGUCACAGAAACAAAAAUAAUGUUAAAAUGAUGUGGAAAAUUUCAUUUAUAUUAUUUGUAUAUACAGGACAUAGAAGAAAUCUAAUUAAAUUGAAUGUGAAUGAUAAAGAUGAAUCUGUCUAAAUAGGAUCCCCGUGGACCAGAGAAGACAACAACGAAUGCACUAACUUGUCCAUUGUCUGAUCUGAAAAAUUGCUUCAUCGUAAGAUAUUGUUCUACGUGAUAAAAGUUUGACUCAUAUGCAAACUGAGCUUAUUUAUUAAACUUAUCAGAGAUGAGUUGCUCUUAAGACUAAUGAUUUUUUUCAUUGAGUCGACUUAAAAAAAAAAAUUCUUGUAAGGAAUACAAAAACUGCAUUUAAUUCCAAUAUUAUUAUAUACAGUAUUGAAGAUGACUUGCAAGGAGAUUGAUUGUAUUUCAAAUUCCUCCAAUAUAAUGUUGAAAUAACUUUCCAAAGGGCUGCAAGGUGGGUGGAUCAAGGGAAUUUUCAGCACUAGCAAUUAUCUUGAGCUUGAGCAAACCAGAAUUCAACCAUGUACCCUACUGUAAAUGGACUAAGAAUGAGAUUUGUUUGAUCACAUGACAAGUGCCACAACCUAAUUGUGGUCCAGGGGGCGUUCAUGAAAAGAUUAGUCAGACGUUUUUAUCCAUUAAAGUCUGUUUUACCAGACA